UGAUUGGCGGAGGGCAUAUAAUCACUUUCGGGAUGUACCGGAAAUGGGUCACUGGACGGCUUGCUUCAUCGCUGCACGAGAGGGAGAAUGGAUGCUUUAAGUAAACUUAAACAAUUUGAUGCGUAUCCCAAAACUCUGGAGGAUUUUAGGAUCAAAACAUGUGGCGGAGCGACGGUGACUAUCAUCAGUGGACUUCUUAUGCUGAUUCUGUUCUUUUCUGAGCUGCAGUAUUAUUUAACUAAGGAGGUUCAUCCAGAACUAUUCGUAGACACAUCUAGAGGAGACAAGCUAAGAAUCAACAUUGAUGUUAUAUUUCCACAUAUGCCAUGUGCCUAUCUGAGUAUUGAUGCCAUGGAUGUAGCAGGAGAACAGCAGCUAGAUGUGGAGCAUAACUUGUUUAAACAGAGACUCGACAAAGAGGGCCAACCGGUCACAACAGAGGCCGAAAAACACGUUUUAGGCAUAGAAGAGGAAGGGGUUUUCGACCCCAGUACGCUGGAUCCUGACCGAUGUGAGAGCUGUUAUGGUGCUGAAACUGAAGAUUUAAAGUGUUGUAAUACCUGUGAUGAUGUGCGGGAGGCGUAUAGGCGGCGCGGCUGGGCGUUCAAGACUCCUGACACCAUUGAGCAGUGUAAGAGAGAGGGCUUCAGCCAGAAGAUGCAGGAGCAGAAGAAUGAGGGCUGUCAGGUUUACGGCUUUCUGGAGGUCAACAAGGUGGCAGGAAAUUUCCAUUUUGCCCCCGGCAAGAGCUUUCAGCAAUCUCAUGUACAUGUGCAUGCUGUGGAAAUUCAUGACCUGCAGAGUUUUGGACUGGACAAUAUCAACAUGACACAUUUCAUCAAACAUCUUUCAUUUGGAAAAGAUUAUCCUGGAAUUGUCAACCCUUUAGAUGGUACUAACAUAGCAGCACCUCAAGCAUCAAUGAUGUACCAGUAUUUCGUCAAAAUUGUGCCAACAAUAUACGUUAAAGUAAAUGGAGAGGUGGUUAAAACAAACCAGUUUUCAGUAACGAGGCAUGAAAAAGUAGCCAAUGGGCUGAUUGGAGAUCAGGGUUUGCCUGGCGUGUUUGUGCUUUAUGAGCUGUCUCCGAUGAUGGUCAAAUUCACAGAGAAACAGAGGUCUUUCACCCAUUUCUUAACAGGAGUGUGUGCUAUUAUAGGUGGUGUGUUCACAGUUGCUGGACUCAUUGACUCCUUAAUAUACCACUCAGCAAGAGCCAUACAGAAGAAAAUCGAGUUGGGCAAAGCAUCCUAGCAUCACGCAGACAUAUUAGGUGCAUGACUGUGUCUGGAAACCUCUGUGUGUUCAAGGGAAGAUGCCACAAUUAAAACCCCAGACUGUUUCCGUUUGUGGCCACAGAGAAGUGUCCGUCGGCACGGCCCCCUCGCAAACAAGAACAGGAACCUGUGACUAAGACACUGUCAAUCUAUAUUUUGGAGGAUCUUAUGGAUUAUGGACUUUUUAUUGAGUGAUACAUUGAUGUAUCAGUUGUUUACCUCUGAAAAUCAAAGCUUUCUUUUUGAAAUUUUGACCUUCAAAUGUGUUUCACUUUAGUUGAUUUGAAUUAUUUGUUCACUAUGAAAUAGUCAUUGGUUGAUUUUGAAAAUUGUAAUCUCAUUUGAUUGCGAACCAGUUUUUUCCUGCUUGUGUCAAUACACAGUGUCUGUGGAGUUAGGCAAACUAAAACAGCAGUUUUACAUACAUUCAUUCAUUCAUUCAUUCAUUCAUGUACAAUUCAUUUGAUUGAAUUUGCUUCUCAGUCCAUGGCCAAUAGAAAAGAGGUAGCCUCUUUUAAACUGGAAAAAAGACAACAGGAACCCUAUUUUAUAGUCAAGCACACAACACGGAAACACAGAGGCUGCAGUCAGUAUAGAUGUUUUUGUAAUUGCACCUUUAUCUCUAAAUUCAGGUGUGUGUGGGGGGGUAUUUGGUAUGAGAGUGUUUUUGUCACAUAUUUUGAUGGCUUAUUUUAUGUGGGACAAAUGUAUUUAUAUUUUGAUUGUGCGAAACCGUUUUUAAAAUGAGAAAUAAAUGUAACACUGAACUUUG